AUGUGUGGCAUUCUGGCCGUCCUCGGCUGCGCCGACUGGUCGCAGGCCCAGCGGGCUCGUGUCCUCGCCUGCUCCCGUAGGCUGAAGCACCGUGGACCCGACUGGUCUGGACUGUACCAGUGCGAGGGCAACUUCCUGGCGCAGCAGCGCCUCGCCGUCGUCUCCCCGCUCUCUGGUGACCAGCCCCUCUACAACCAGGACAAGACCGUCGUCGUCGUGGCCAAUGGAGAGAUCUACAACCACAAGAAGAUCCGCAAGCAGUUCGCCGCGAAGCACACCUUCACCACCGGCAGCGACUGCGAGGUCAUCAUCCCGCUGUAUGAGGAGUACGGCGAGAACUUCGUCAACAUGCUCGACGGCGUCUUCGCCUUCGUUCUCUACGACACCCGCAACAACACCUACAUGGCCGCCCGCGAUGCCAUCGGCGUCAACCCCCUCUACAUCGGCUGGGGCAGCGACGGCGCCGUCUGGAUGGCGUCCGAGAUGAAGGCGCUCCACGACGACUGCCCCAAGUUCGAGCUCUUCCCUCCGGGCCACCUGUACUCCAGCGCCGGCGGCGGGUUCCGGCGGUGGUACAACCCGGGGUGGUUCGCCGAGCUCGUCCCGGCGACGCCGUACCAGCCCCUCGUCCUCAGGGAAGCGUUCGAGAAGGCUGUCAUCAAGAGGCUCAUGACCGAUGUGCCCUUCGGCGUCCUCCUCUCCGGCGGCCUCGACUCGUCAUUGGUCGCCUCCGUGACCAAGCGUCAUCUCAUCGAAACUGAAGCCGCUAAGAAGUUCGGAACUGAGCUACAUUCCUUCGUCGUUGGACUAGAGAACUCGCCUGAUCUGAAGGCCGCUAGGGAGGUUGCUGACUUUCUUGGAACCAUCCAUCACGAGUUCCAUUUCACUGUUCAGGAUGGUAUCGACGCCAUCGAGGAGGUGAUCUACCACAACGAGACUUACGACGUGACGACAAUACGCGCGAGCACGCCCAUGUUCCUGAUGGCGCGCAAGAUCAAGGCGCUCGGCGUGAAGAUGGUGCUGUCCGGCGAAGGCUCAGACGAGCUCCUGGGUGGCUACCUGUACUUCCACUUCGCCCCCAACAAGGAGGAGUUCCACAAGGAGACCUGCCGCAAGGUGAAAGCGCUACAUCAGUAUGACUGCUUGCGCGCCAACAAGGCCACGUCGGCCUGGGGCCUGGAAGUCCGCGUGCCGUUCCUCGACAAGGAGUUCAUCGACGUCGCCAUGAGCAUGGACCCCGAAUGGAAACUGUACGACCCUGAUCUGGGCCGCAUCGAGAAGUGGGUGAUGAGGAAGGCGUUCGACGACGAGGAGGAACCUUACCUGCCCAAGCAUAUUCUCUACAGGCAGAAGGAGCAGUUCAGUGACGGUGUUGGCUACAGCUGGAUCGAUGGCCUCAAGGCCUUCACUGAACAGCAGGUGACUGAUGGGAUGAUGAAGAACGCUGCAGAAGUGUUCCCAUACAGCACGCCCAUCAACAAGGAGGCGUACUACUACAGGAUGAUAUUCGAGAGGCUCUACCCUCAGGAGUCGGCGAGGGAGACGGUGCCAUGGGGCCCGAGCAUCGCGUGCAGCACGCCGGCGGCCAUCGAGUGGGUGGCGCAGUGGAAGGCCUCCAACGACCCCUCCGGCCGCCUGAUCGCCUCCCACAACUCUGCUACCCCAGCUCACGCCGGCGCUGGCGCCCACGCCAACGGCAACGGGAAGGUGCAGAACGGCAACGGGAAGGUGGCGAACGGGAAUGGACACGUGAACGGCAACGGCAAAGUCACGGCGAACGGGAAAGCCAACGGAACUCUGGAAUAACGCCGGCGUGGCCGGCGGGACUAAAGCUAGCCGUCGUCGAUGGCGCUAGCCAGGACCAGCCGUCGUUGUGUACACUAGAGGAUAUGAAUAGUAUGUGUGUGUAUCCUCCA